AUGGCCUCAGCACAAGAUAUCAAGAUCAAGCCUGGGGCGCCAAGAGAGGUCUCACACAGCUUCCAGAACCUUUCAACGUCACCAGUAACCCCCCAGCUCGCUGCCCAGUCCUUCGCCUCCAGCUGGGGCGCCAAGCUACCCCAACGCAUUGCACCAGGCGAGAGGCCCCUGAAGCCCUUCAACACGCAGGAUGUCAAGAUCCUGCUCCUAGAAAACGUCAACAAGGCCGGCCAGGACAUUCUCCGAGAGCAGGGCUACCAGGUUGAGGCGCUCAAGACCUCACUGCCCGAGGACCAGCUCAUCGAGAAGAUUCGCGAUGUCCAAGUCAUUGGCAUCCGCUCCAAGACCAAGUUGACCGAGAAGGUAUUACGCGAGGCCAAGAACCUGCUCGUCAUCGGAUGCUUCUGCAUCGGCACCAACCAAGUCGACCUCGACUAUGCCGCCCGCCAGGGUAUUGCCGUCUUCAACUCACCCUUCGCCAACUCACGCAGUGUGGCCGAGCUGGUCAUUGGUGAGAUCAUCUGCCUCGCCCGUCAGCUCGGCGACCGCUCCAACGAGAUGCACCGCGGCACCUGGAACAAGGUCAGCUCCAAGUGCUGGGAAAUCCGUGGCAAGACCCUCGGCAUUGUCGGCUACGGCCACAUUGGCUCCCAGCUCUCCGUCCUGGCCGAGUCAAUGGGCAUGAACGUUAUCUAUUACGAUGUCGUCACCCUCAUGGCUCUGGGCACUUCUCGACAGGUCCCGACUCUGGAGGCCCUCCUGGAGGAAUCCGACUUCGUCACCCUUCACGUUCCUGACCUGCCAGAGACGAGAAACCUCAUCUCUACACCCCAGUUCGAGCGCAUGAAGUCCGGCUCCUACCUCAUUAAUGCCAGCCGUGGAAGCGUCGUCGAUAUUCCUGCUCUUGUCAAGGCUAUGAACUCCGGCCACGUUGCGGGUGCUGCUCUUGAUGUCUACCCCCAGGAGCCUGCCGCCAACGGAGACUACUUCAACAACGACCUCAACAUUUGGGGUGAGGAUCUUCGAAGCCUGAAGAACCUUAUUCUGACCCCUCACAUUGGUGGAAGCACUGAAGAAGCCCAGAGGGCUAUUGGUAUCGAAGUGAGCGAAGCUCUUGUCCGAUACAUCAACCAGGGUAUCACCCUGGGCAGCGUGAACCUGCCUGAAGUUCAGCUCCGUCCCAUCAAGUUGGAGGAAGACAACAAGGCUCGCGUUAUCUUCAUUCACAACAACGUUCCUGGUGUGCUGCGCAAGGUCAACGAAAUUCUGGGCGACCACAACGUCGACAAGCAGAUCAGUGAUAGCAAGGGCGACAUUGCCUACCUGAUGGCAGAUGUCAGCAACGUGAAGUUUGGCGAGAUUAAGGAUCUUUGGGAGCGUCUGGAACUCCUGAGCUCCCGCGUCUUAACCCGUGUGCUCUACUAA